AAUUUCACUCUAGUGGCGAAACUUCACUAUUAACUUGACUCUAUGAUAAAUAUACCCUUACAUUUUUUCACUUGUCUCACUGUACGUUCCUGACCGUCUCAUCCACUCCUCUUAGAGUCAUCACCUUUUUACACCAUCCAAACCCACUGCUAAGUAAACCUUUGUAGCUUGCAGCUCUUUUUUUUCUGAAAUUCUAUCCAUGAUUUUUUCCAUAGGGAACACUUUAAAUCUCUUCAAAAAGAAAGUCAGAUCAUACCUUUUGGAGCACUAGAACAAAUAUUGUCCAGUCCUGCAAUUUAGUGCCCAAACCUCUGUACAUGUUUUCCUUCAAUUUGUAUAUUUAUGCUAUCCACCCAUUUACAUAGUGAGCUCUAUAGGGCAGGGACUUCCUUCCUAGUGCAUCUUUUAGCCCAAACACUUCAUUUCUGUAUAUGUAUUCAUUACUAUUCUUGUUGCUUAUUUAUUAUUAUGCUUGUCCUAUUAUUAUGCUUCUGCUUAUGCUUGUGUACUUUUCUUUUUUUUUCUUUUGUACAGUGCUGCAUAUUCAUGUAGUGCUUUAUAAAUAAAGUUAUACAUAUUGUAGCUGUCAUUCAUACAGCAUAUGUGUGCCUGGUCCCAGCCACGUAUGCAUUCCAGAUGUUUAGAUACUCCAGCGGCCAUCCCGACUAAUGAGCAGUUGGAGAGCUGUACUUCAGGGUGCAACAAGAAGGAUAAUCUGCUUUAAGGAACUCCCUGAAAUAAUUCUUACUGUUGGCUUUAAGUCUACCUGGACGGAUCCCUUACGAAUCAUCAAAUGAAAAGUUAGAUGUGUUUAAGAAGAAUAUAGCAUGCCACAUCACAUAGUUCUUCUGGGUGCCGUCACUCUGCUUGGAGUCCUGGAACAAGCUUAUUUUGCACUUCAGGUGAUUGCAGCUCGACGGAAGUACAGCGUGUCCCCUCCCAGUACAUCUGGGCCACCAGAAUUUGACAGAAUCUUCAGAGCCCAGGUGAACUGCACAGAAUACUUUCCAAUGUUCAUAGCUGUGCUAUGGCUAGCUGGCAUUUUCUUCCAUCAAGGCACGAGCCUACGGCAACAUUUUAGGGGCGGAAUGCCACCCAGCAUCCUAAGGAACACUGGGGACUCAAAGUUCACCAGUCCUCCGGUGCUUGUCAGCGCUCUGACGCAGAGGAGGGGUUGCACGCUGUAAGUUUUCGGUGCUAGGACCAUGUGGCGGGGGAGGGGGGCAUGCACAUGUGAGCGCCUGCCGCCGGGACCAUGCAGCCUCGGGGCACCAUUUCAUGGA